GUGUGUGUGUGUGUGUGUGUGCGCGCGUGUACAGGAGGAGGAGGAGCCCGGGCUGUGAUAACAACAGGCUGCUGCCUCGGCUCUGUUAUCUUCCGUUCCCCGCCGUCAGAGCCGCGGAUCUCCUCUCCGGACCUCCACACGGAUUUAUGUCAUUAUCAUGAAACUUCUCUAAAAGCUGAAGCGCUCCUCCCAUGGUGUCCCCGGCAGACUCCCCGGCAUUUAUUCGACUUCACGGCAACUAUCGGCGACCACUUUUGGGGUCUCGAAAAUCAUGGAAACGUGGUUUUUGAAUCACGUCCUCGGUUUGUCUCUGUCGGUCCUCCUGCUGGGUCUACCGGGGCCCCUCAGGGCAGGGACCCCAAAUAACAGCAGCACGGAACCGGGAACGACUGGAUUUUAUUAUUCAACCAUCACAAAUGAACCCGGCGACAUGGAGUACAAUGAAACUUCAACUUCACACUCCAGCAGCGAGAGUUUAUCACCAUCACAGAGAAACCUCCUGCUCACACACACUGCUGAGACACACACUGCUACUGCUGGAAACUUCGACACUGAGCAGACACAAACCUUCACAGAAACAAGCAGCAGGUCACUAGAGACUGUACGUCUGUCAACGGAGCCACUCACCUCCACCCUUGUUGCAGCCACCACUGACAGCAUCAGCAGCAGCAGCAGUAGUAGCAGCAGCAGCACCAGCAACAGCAGCAGUAGCAGCAGUGACUGGAGGGACCCCCUUCACACGGACAAACUGCCAGAUGUCUCUCCUGUUGUGUCCCAGAAGACAAUGUCCUCGAUGGCGACAGAGGACUCCAGCAUGCCCCAGGACAGCCCGGACAGCACUCUCCGUAUGGGAGAUGCCGUAUCCUCGGCGUCACAGACAGCCGUCCUCACCGACAGCACCUACACUUCCACCACCAUCAGCCGAGCCGGAGAGAGGACCCUGCUGUCUGUAACCUCCUCCUCUAACAACAGCACCUCCUCUGCAUUUACAGAAGACUCCAACUCCCAUCGGUCCCCCUCUACCUGGGGUGUUCCAGCCACAGGGGGCACAGAGACUGAGGGCUACACCCACAGUGCCCCAUCCACCAGGACUGACAGCAGGGACACAACAGACCAGCACAUCACUCAGUCCUUUGGGGGGAUAAUUUCAGAAACUGGGAGCCCAGGGGUAUCCAGAGGAACCCAAACUUUAACUGGACCACCUAAUGCCACCCAGCAUGAACACACCUCAACAUCAGAGGGGACUUCAGACUCAACACCACCUCUCAGAGUGACAGAGCCCAGCACUGACCAAUCUGAAGUGUCCGUUUCAUCCACAACUCCUGUCAUCUCACCUGCAGGUGUUCCUACCAAAAUGUCAGGGACAGAUCAGGGGUCAGGCUCUAGUGUUGGAUCCUCCACAGAGUCUUCCACUGGAGCUUUCAGCUCUAGCACUCAGAACCAAGAGGGAACAGAGGGGAUUUCAUCCCAGACCAGGGAGAAAAGUGUGAGCUUUGCACUGACCACAGCGCCCCCUACAGUCAGCAGUACUACAACUAACCUGGACAACUCUCUGACGGAAACACCAGUGCUGGCCACUGACAUACUCCUCACCACCACAGUUGUCACUGUUACAGAAAGAUCACAGAUAACAGAGGAAGAAACUUUUAAAGCCACUCCCUCUACCACCACCACCACCACCCCUCUUCUGCCUGCCACCUCAUCCUCCAGGAUCAGCAGCACCUCUAGCAUCUCCACUCCAGGGUCACCUACCCAAGCCACCGUCCGUUACACCACACCCUCCACCACCGCCUCCACCCUGGGCCAGCAGACCUCUGCAGUGCACUCCACUCACCGCUUGUCCCCCAGCCAAACCCAGGGGCCGUCCACUGGGGUGGCUAACCCAACAAACAUCACCACCCUGCAGCUGGACACAAGCACAGGCACUCUGGGAGUCACCACGGCCCAUAGCCAGCACAUCACCACUACCUACACCCAUAGCACCCCGACUAGGAGCACAGAGGCUCUGCAAACUACCAGGAAACAGGCAGACAGAGGAACCACAGCGAUGGUGGUGACAACAUCAUUCGCUGAUGUCCGACCCACCAAGACAUCACCACCACCAAGAGACCCCUGUGUGUCCAACCCUUGUAUGAAUGGGGGGAUGUGUGUGAGCUCUAAAGGGCAUCAAUCCACCUGCCACUGUCAACCGGCAUGGACAGGACCGACCUGCAACGAUGACGUGGAUGAGUGUGAGGAGAACCCUUGCCCCGCUGAUUCCAGAUGUGUGAACACAAGAGGUUCCUUCACCUGUGAAUGUCCGCUGGGUCUUGACCUGGAGGACGGACGCACCUGCACCAGAGCAAAGACAUUUCUGGGAACUUUCAGUGUAAACAGACUGCCACAUGACCCUAUUACCUUCAAGAGCUCCACCAUGCAUGAGGUCCAGAGAGAGAUCAUUCAGCUGCUCAAUGCCUCAUUGUCAGUCCUCCGAGGUUACAGACGCUCAACUCUUAGUAAGAAAGAAGAGAAUGGAGUUCAUAUAUUGGCUGUCAACAUGUUUUCCAUCUCCACUAAUGUGACGAUCAAGGAGGUCAACAACAGCAUCCAGAUGUCUCUCAGCAACUGCAACUCCUCGGUAGCCCACUGCCGGAUGGUCCUGCACCACCAGAUCACUUAUCGUGUGGAGAGUCUGUGUUCAGCCCAGAAGAUUCAGUGCAAUCCAGAGCGUUCCACCUGCACAGACAGCAGCGGCACAGCCCAGUGCCAGUGUCUACAAGGAUAUUACAAACACAACCCCGACGACCAGUCCUGCUUAGAAUGUGGGGAUGGCUACAAGCUUGAAAAUGGCACCUGUGUCCCGUGCAUGUUUGGAUUUGGGGGAUUCAACUGUGGAAAUUUUUACAAGCUGAUUGCAGUUGUGGUGUCACCAGCAGGGGGCGUCCUGCUCCUCAUCCUCAUCAUUGCUCUCAUUGUCACUUGCUGCAAGAGAGACAAGAAUGACAUCAACAAGAUCAUCUUCAAAAGUGGAGACCUGCAAAUGUCUCCGUAUGCAGACUUCCCCAAGAAUAACCGCAUAUCCAUGGAGUGGGGCCGGGAGACCAUUGAAAUGCAAGAGAACGGCAGCACCAAGAACCUGCUGCAGAUGACUGACAUUUACUACUCUCCUGCAUUGCGUAACUCUGACCUGGACAGAAAUGGCCUGUACCCAUUCACAGGUCUGCCGGGCUCUCGCCACUCAUGCAUCUACCCCGCCCAGUGGAACCCAUCCUUCAUCAGUGACGAUUCACGAAGAAGAGACUACUUCUAACCGCCCAACCCUGAACAUACACACACACACACAAGCCCUCAGAAAACUGCCAUCUCUUACACUGACAAUUGUGAUGUGUUAUGAUGGUUUUCUGUCACUGUGACAAUGCUAAUGUUUGAAUUGCACAUUUUUGAGAACCCAUUUGACCAUCUGCAUUCAGGGUUACACAUAAAUUAUGGAAAUGUGUGUGUGUGUGUGUGUGUGUGUGUGUGUGUGUGUGUGUCUGCAUAUUAUGGAAGUGCACAUUUUUGCAAGUAAAAUGUUUUCUGAGUGUUCUUACGUGACCAUUUCAGUGUUUUUGCAUGUUUUAGCUCAUUUACUUCAACUCAUAUAUUUAAACAUUGCUGCCACAGUUUUCCAAAGCAUGUUGAUUGUUUAAUGUGUUUUUCCUGCCUUGCAGGCAGCCACUGAUUCCCAUUUACUUCGCUGUAUGAUACAAAACAAAUUGCAGAUACUUGAAACAUGUUUAAGGUAGCUCAUCCAUUACAGUAAACAGCAAGUCUGCCUUCUCUGACCUGAGUUAUGUUGUCGCUGCCUGGUAAUGCAGUGCAGAUUUUUCAAGCAAAUCUGCACUGCAUUACAGCGCUUUGUUUUUUUAAAAAAAAAAAGCAGAUUUGAUGUUCACAGUGAAAGAAUGGGAAUUAAGGGCUGCCAGGACACAGGGCUCAUUUAAAAUAAAUGAAAUACAGCAGUAAUGUAAAGUAUAUGAGAUAUGUAGUAAAUAGACUAGAACAUGUGAAACAUUGAUACGGUCCUUUAAAUGCUGAAAUGAAUAUGUGCAUGCCACUGCUGUGAUUUUAAAAUCUUUUUAGAUAAUAGUCUGAGCAUAAAGUAUUAAUGGGACAUGACAAUAAUAAACCACUGAAGGAUGCACAAAGUUCAGUUUAAUGCCAAUAGAAACUGAGGAAUAACUUUGUUAUCUGAUGCCUUUAUUUAUUCCCUGUAUGUCCAAGUCCUUGACAUGUAGCAUAGUGGACAUCUAAUUCAGACACACUGACAGACCUAAGACAAACCUGUGGCUUACAUGUUUUUGUGUGUGUGUGUGUGUUUGUGUUUGUGUGUUUGUGUGCAUGAGGAAUAAUUAUUUGUAUACCAGAAGUAUCAUAACUGUCAAUGAGUGUUUGAAUGUAAAUAUGUAUCAUAUUUUGUUUGGAAUAUUAUUUUUAUGUGACUGUUUUCUCUCUUUGUGUAUGUAUGAUCUAUUGAUUCUGGCGUUUUAGUCAGACGUGUUUAUUUAAAUAAAAUUA